CUUAGCCAAUCACGGCGCAUGGUAACAGAGGCUUUCAUGAAAUGCUUACCUCUGUUCCCACCUAUUAAUUGUCUAUGGGUCUCCCCUUCAGCAAGCAACAUUGUUUUUGUCUGACCGAUAGUCAAAUAUGGCGCCUGUAGAUAGUUCACCGGCUCGUUGUCGGAAUGGAAGUUUUGAAUUAAUAUGUAGUUUGAAAGCGAAUGAUUUGAUACCGGUUCAUAAGUACCGAUCUAAUAUCACAGGACUAACUGUUGUCAUUGCAGAAGUUGAAGGACCUGUAGUUCAUGGCUACUUUUGUUUAGCGACGGAGGCCCACGAUGACGACGGCCUGCCACAUACUCUGGAGCAUCUUAUUUUCCUGGGCAGCGAGCAGUACCCCUACAAGGGCGUGCUGGACCUUCUGGCCAACCGCUGCCUGGCCUCGGGCACCAAUGCCUGGACAGACACGGACCACACCUGCUACACCAUGACCACCGCCGGCAGCGAGGGCUUCCUCACCCUCAUGCCCAUCUACCUGGAUCACGUGCUCUACCCCACGCUCACAGACUCUGGCUACCUGACGGAGGUGCACCAUGUCACGGGGGAAGGGGAGGAUGCGGGGGUGGUGUACUGCGAGAUGCAGGGCCGCGAGAACACGGGAGAAUCUCGCUCGUACCUCGCCAUGUUGCGGGCCAUGUACCCCGGCAAGUGCGGCUACAAGUCGGAGACCGGGGGCAUCAUGAAGAACCUACGAGAGAGCACCAACAACACCAAAGUGCGGAACUACCACAGGGAGUUCUACCGGCCGGAGAACCUGACGCUCAUCAUCGCCGGCCAGGUGAAACCCGACCAGGUGUUCCAGGCCCUGCAGCCGGUGGAGGACAAGAUUGUGUCCAAGGGUCCCCGGGGGCCGUUCUCCAGGCCGUGGCAGUCGCCGGUGCCGCCCCUCCCCAUGUCGUACGACUUCCUGGUGCCCUACCCCUGCGACGAGGAGGAGAACGGCAUGGUGUACGUGGCGUGGCGGGGCCCCUCGGCCGUCAGGGAGCUGUACAAGAUGUGCGCCUGCUCCAUCCUCUUCAAGUACCUCACGGACAACUCCGUCAGCCCGCUCCAGCGCGAGUUCGUGGAGACCGACGACCCGUACGCCAGCAAGGUGUGCUACUCGCUGGCGGAGAACUCGGAGAGCAUGCUGUACCUGAUGUUCGAGAACGUGCCGGUGGCCAAGCUGGGCGACGUGAAGGGCCGGCUGACCGCCGUGCUUGAGGGCCUCGCCGACGGCCGGGAGCGGUUCGACAUGAAGCGCAUGCGCGCCGUGAUCCACCGCCACAUCCUGGAGACGCUCAGCCACCUCGAGAACUCCCCCCACGACAGCGUCGCCUUCAUGGCCAUCGGUGACAUGCUGUUCGGCAGCUCCAAGGAGGACAUGGACCGCCGCCUGAACCCGGUGGAGGACCUGCGCAGGAUGGAGACGGAGCCGGAGCAGUUCUGGGCACAGCUGGUGCGCACGUACCUGGUGGAGGCCCCCCGGGUGACGGUGCGAGGGGCGCCCAGUCUGAAGGAGCAGCUGGACAUGGCGGAGAGCGAGCGGCGGCGGGUGGAGGAGCAGCGUCGCCGCCUGGGCCAGGACGGCCUGCGUGCCCAGGCCGACCGCCUCAAGGCAGCCAUGUUCGAGAACGAGAAACCCAUGCCAGAUGAGAUGUUAACAUCCGUGCCAAUCCCUGGGAUCGAGUCAAUCAACUUCCACUCAAUACAGAGCUUCACUACAGACUCAGCUGAGCAGCACCCAAAAUUUCCGUUGGCUGAUGUCCCAGUUCGGAUGCACCUCGACAACUUACGCACCAAUUUUGUGUAUGUGUUUGUGCUGAUGGACACGAGCCGGGUGGCGGCGGCACAGAGGGCCUACCUGCCCCUGCUGCUGGAGUGCCUCCUGGAGCUGCCUGUGCUGCGCGACGGCCGGCUGGUGCCCUACGAGGAGGUGGUCGCCGAGCUGGAGACGGACACCAUCUCCACCUCCGUGCGCCUGGGGCUCGAGAGCGCCUCGCGCUUCCACUGCGGCCCCUACUGCUCCACCGCCUGCCUCCUGCUGCAGGUGGAACCUGCGAAAUACGAGCGUUGCAUCUCGUGGAUACGAGAGCUGCUGUACCAGACGCAGUUCACAACCGAAAGAGUGCGCGUCAUCGCAGCCAAGAUCGCCAAUGACGUCGCCCAGGUCAAGAGGAAAGGCAACAUGGUGGUUGCCGACCUGAUGAAAGGUCUCAUUUUCACGAAAGAGAGCAACCACUACAACGCCUCGAUGCUGAGGCAGCACAAGUUCCUGACGGGCCUGAUGGAGCGGCUGGACGACCCCGAGACGGCGCAGGCGGUGCUGGCGGAGCUGGAGGCGGUGCGCCAGGUGGUGACGGAGCCCUCCGGCAUGGCGGUGCACCUGGCCGCCGACGUGGACUCCCUGGCGGCGGGGCGGCCGGACCUCCCAGGGCCCUGGCGGGGCCUGCUCCCGGAGGGGCGGGCCCCCGGGACGAGGGCGCUCCUGCCGGCCGUCCCCGACUGGACCCUGCUGGUGCCCCCGGGAGGGGACCCCGCGCCCCGCCACUGCGCCGUCGGCCUGGGCUGCGUCGAGUCCUCGUACCUCUGCCAGGCCACGGAGAGCCUGCGGGACUUCUCUCACCCCAGCCUAGCCCCGCUGCUGGUGUUCCUGCAGUACCUGACGCAGCUCGAGGGCCCCAUGUGGCGGCAGAUCCGCGGCAUGGGGCUGUCCUACGGCUACAGCAUCGUGCCCAAGCCCAACGAGGGCCUGCUGUACAUGACCUUCUACCGGGCCACCAACUGCGUGCAGGCCUUCAAGGAGGCCAGCAAGUUAGUGAAUGGACAGCUGGUGGCGGGAGCCAAGUGGGAACUGACGCUGUUUGAGUCGGCCAGAAGCUCGCUGAUAUUUGAGAUCAUCGAGCGAGAAAAGAGUGUGGGCGAUUUGGUCACGCAGUCCCUCCUGUCCUACUUUAAAGGAGUCGAUCAGGGCUACAACAGGCGUUUAGUGCAAUUGAUAGCGAAUACAGCCAUCGAAGACCUGGAAGCUGUGGGUCGUGAUCACGUCACUCCAUUGUUCACUCCGGAGAAAACGAGAACAACCAUUGUGUGCCACCCGUCAAAACUGGAUGAGAUCUCGGCAGGCUUCAAAGAGAUUGGCCAGGAGCUGACUGUGUAUGCUUCGUUAGAAGACAGUUUUCUCAGUGAUUGGUAAUACUAUGCAGCCAUGGCAAAUAACGUUGUGGUUUGGUGACGUGUUUAAAUUGUGUGCAGAAUGGUUGAGAAGAACUUCAGAGAUGAACUAUGUUUUUGCUUUUCCACCGUGUUAACUUUGCUAAAUGGUGUGUUUGGCAGAAAAACCUGACAUUUUUGCAAUGUGUUUGUAAGCCAUUCCUGCUGGUCAGCUGUUUUAUUUUUUGUUUUUUUGUUUGUUAUUACUAUGUGUAUGGCUAGGAAAAUUAAAAUUUGUCUACAA